AAAUGUCAAAACAAAGUUUUAUUUAUAGUCUAUACUAGAAUAAAUUUGUCUCUAUAAUAAUUAAGUAAACAAUCAAGAAUUAAUAUUAGAAUUUUAAUUAACUGCAUUUAAUAUAAUUUUUUGUUGUUUAGAUGUAUAUAUUAAUUCGUGUAUAUAAAAUACAUUGUGUAUAAAUAUAUUGUUUGAAUGUACACGCCAGUUUGAUUUAAAAAUAAAUUUUAAUUACUUUUUAAUAUAAAAGACACGUUAUUAAUUAAUAAAAUGUUUUCUGAUAAAUCGUUCGAUUCAGUUGGUUUUAAAUCUCAAUCUUCGACGGAAAAAUCAGAAAAAUCAUCAAAUAUACAAACCGAUAUUGUAGUUUAUGAAGAAAGUUCUUCGCAAAGUGAAGAAAAAAAAAGUGUUGAGACUCAAACUCAGACAGAAAGUAAAAAAACUCCUGAAUUUAAUUAUGAAAGAUUAGCAGCAUUUUUAAAACGAGUUACUCCAGGAAUUUUGGAAGCAUUAGAUGAAACUUAUGGUACUAAUGCAUUUGAAGAUUAUAAUCCAGAAACAACUAGUGAAUCAUUUUCUGCAGUAAAUUGUCUAACAAAAUUAAAUACUUGGGAAAAUCCUGAUUUCAAGACAAAAAUAAGUGGUUUAACAUGGAGUCCCGGUGGUGGAUCAUUGGCUUUAGGUUAUAGUGUUACAUUUCAUGAAAAUUGGUGUAAUCAUUUGUCGAAAAUUAAAAUUUACAAUUUUACACGUGACAAUAAAUUUCCAGCAGCACCUAAUAAAGUUUUGGAAGUUAAUUCAUGUAUAACGUCAAUUCUCUAUCAUCCACAAGAGCCGUCUAUACUUGCAGCUGGAUUAUUCAAUGGCGAUGUUUUGGUUUGGAAUCUUCGUGAUGAUACAUCGGUGACACCUGUUCAAGUUUUUUCCCAUGGCGAUUUUGUCUCACAUUUAUAUUGGCAUACGAAAAUUGUAACCGAUGGUUCUGUUUUAGUAUCAUCGAGCGCUGAAGGAUAUAUUUUACUUCACAAACUUUUGGCUAAUUUUACCACAGUUAUUUUAUUCAAACGAUUUAAAGUGGCAAAAGAGCAUAAUCCAUCGGAGAGUGCAAGACCACGUAGUUCCGGUGGUACUCGAGAACGUGCCAUUGAAGCUGGUUUAACAAUUACAAGUUUUGAUUUCUCAUCGAAGGAUCCAUCAAUUUUCAUUGUAGGAACAUUAUGCGGCGGUGUUUAUAAAUGCAGUGUCGAGCAAGCAGUUUCUGUGGAAGGUGAUGAAUCAAUUUUAGAUCCUGUUAUUGAUGAAUAUAAUAGACAUGAAGGAAGUGUAACAAGUAUUAAAUGUUCGCCAACAAAAAAUUUCUUUGUUACAAGCGGUACGGAUAAAGAAAUCAGGAUUUACGAUUUUGAUCAAACAGUUAGUCAAAAAAUUAUAAAUCUCGAAAGUACAAUUAUUGGACUCUCGUGGUGUAUUGGAAACAAAGAUAUUUUCGCAGCUUAUGGAGCAACUUCUAUUGUAGGAUUUUUUAAUGUCAAUACCGGCAGUGCCUUACCGAAUGUAAUACUACAAUCAGAUACUAGAGAAAAUACAACUAGUCUUUGCUUUAAUUCCAAAAGAGACAUGGUGGCAAUGGGAGAUACUCGUGCCUGUUUGGAAAUUUGGAAAAUUCCAAGAUACUAUUCAUAAAUUAUUUUUUAACACUGAUUUAAUUUAAAAAGUCAAUUUUUUUAAAAUUAAUUUAAUAUCUAGAAUUAUUUAAUUUGAAGAAAUAAAUUUUGUGUAAUGAAAAUAUUUGACUUUACUUGUCAGAAAGGCAAUGUACUGGUGGCAAGACUCGAAAUAGAUGUUUGAAAUGAAAAAGGAAUGAGACAAGUCUUUUCUACGAACUCUGGUCGAGACUUGGCUCAAAUGUCUCAGCACAUGAAGAAGCCAAAACAAGAAAGAUUGCAACUUUAUAUUUUAUUAUUAUUAAAAAAAAAAGCACAAGAAAGUAGAUGUAAUUUUUUAUAUUUAACCAUUUAGAGAAUUCAUUUAGAUAAAGUAAAUAUAAUUUGAAAUAAUUUAAAAAUAAUUUUCAUUAAAUUAAAGUUUUAAAUUAUUUUUAAUAGUUUUAGUAUUUUAUAUAUAGAAAAAAAAAUCCGUAAACAAUUAAAAACUACUUUUUUUAAAAAGGCCUUGAUGAAAUUUUACGACGUAGAAAUUAUGUUUUCCUUCCUCAAAUAAUCUUCGUUUACAAAGAUAAUGAUACGUAUAUCACUCUCUAAAGAAUAAUAAAUUAUACUACAACAUUA